CCGGAGAAAUGCUGCGGUUUCAAAUUUCUUCGACGUAGUAUGGACGGGGCAUGAGUUUUACCAUGCAUCAUACCUGUGUGCAUCUAAACGCAACAACACUUCCAAUAAUAAACCCAAACAAGUUGUUCGUUUCGAUAACAAACACCAUGCACUCUCUUCCGAUAUUGAGUCCUCCCGAAAGUAAGUAGGUUUUCCUUCGGUGGACUGAGUAGGGUUUAUUGUUGAACAGUUUUACCGGAACGUAAAUGUGCGCGUGUGUUUAUACUUGAAUUCUUAUCUUUCCUGUUCUUUUGCUGUCUUCUUUGUUCACCUCUCAGUAGGCGGGUAUCAAAGUUGAUUAAUAGGGCGUAUCGUGACUAUAAGUUUUAUUAUGGGUAGCUGAAGGAGGUAUAGCGCUUAAUUAAUCAGAAAACAACUUCGACAGCAAGCAUUAUUACGAUGAGUACUCAACUUGGUAAUGAUAACUCAAAAGUCACUACUGACGGCGAGGUCGAUUCCCCAGUGAUCAUUUUAAACGAGUUUAGAGAGAGAAGUAAGGAUGAGCAAGGUUUAACUCAGAAUGCAAACGCAAUCGCACUGAACACCGAUCAUGCAAGAAAGAUUUGUUUCAUUGCAAAGCUGCAACCUUUGUUCCUUCCUAUGAAGCUGUUUGGAUUGUUCAUCGACGAUAUAAUGGAUUAUGAGGGAGUGCCAAAUCGAAGCCGAGCUUCUGUAUUUGCAAAUCGUUUGUAUCAGUGCUUCGUUUUACUGGUGUUUUGGCUCAACUUUGGCAAGACUUUGGCUUCGUUUUGGGUCGAUAAAGACCACCGUCACGAUGACACCCUAGUCCUUGCAAUGAUGUUAUGGUUUCUGCAGACCGCUCUACAAGCUACGAUCUGUUUCUUCACUAUGCAAAUCACAUCCAAAAAGUCCGGUCUGAAAAGUUUGAUGUCAUAUUGGAAUUCUCAGCCGAACUUUGACGAAUUGGUAAUUGAGCCAUACAUGAUAAAGUCCAUCAAGCGAACACUGUUGGUCACAUAUUUCCUCAUGGCAUUAAAUUCAGUGUUCAACGCUUUAAUUGCUUUUCUUCCCUCUGAAUCCCUACAACUCCUUGCAAGAGCGCUAAUGUCCCCCCUCCCUAUCGACAACAUAGCAGUGAAGGUGCUUAGCUUUGUAGUUACUUUGUACUGCACAGCCGCCUGGCUGAUGCCGUUGGCUAUCUUUACAGCCGUUUGCCUGACUUUGACUCAUCAAUGCGGUCGUCUUAGAAAGGCUAUGCGCUUGACUGCGUCCGCCGAUAGACUACGGAGGGUGAUAAUUUUACGACGGCAGCACUCGUCGUUAUGUGGCUCUGUGAGAAAAGCGGAUAACUUAUUCAAGUUCUUAACACUUGUCGUUUACGUCACCAACAUUCCGCUGGUUUGCUUUCUGCUCUAUCAUUUGAUAUUCAUCAAGUAUAAUGACACGACCACGAUUUUGAUUUUAAGCUUUUGGUUUGCUAACGUUAUUGUUAUCAUGGUGGGCGUGUCUUUCCUGGGGGCAAGCAUAAACAACAAGGUAUGUGUAUUGUGAGAGGUACUCUAGCUCUAACUAAAACAAAAAUUAGAAAAGCCAUUAUACGGUCAGAAAAACU